UAUGAGAGGUCUCCAACACCCCGUAUAAUUCUUAAAAUGGGGGAUUUAUGAUAAAUGAAUUUCAGAUCCAUUAGAGGGGGACUCAGCAUUGAAUGGAAGACAAGGCGCCUUGGAGAACCUUGGUUCUUCCGGCAUUGGUCAUAAAAGCAGGGUAACCUUAACCAAAUCAAAUCAAAAGAGGGUCUAGUUGUUGCUCUAUGCAGACACCAAAAAACCCGGAUAUCCGAGUCAACGUCAGUUCUCCCGAGGCGUGGUCUAUAGUGGUACCUGUGGUGGGGAGUUUCUUGUUUCUGUCGCUCCUUUUGGCAGCGUGCUGGUGGUGUUAUAAUCAAAAACAAAAACGUCAAAUCAACGCUCUCUCCACAGAUCUCGACCAAGAAGCAAACGCCCGUAAACCAGACGUAACUCUUCCAGACAAAAGAAUGAAAAGAAAUUCCGUUCAUCCACUAGUCGACGAAAAAAAGAAUGUUGCGAGAAAUUCUCUCCAUCCUUUGCAUGUGAUUUCCACUAAGGGUCGGCCGCUACCCCUAGCUCGGGUGUCGCCAAUAUUCAUGUCCCACCCCGAGACUACAGACACAUUAAAACCAGUCAAAAGUCACAAUGAUAUUUUCAACAUCUACAAAUCCUCCGUCAACGAUCCACAUAUUCAUCGGACCGGAAGACGUGUCAGCAAUGACGUGUAAUCUCAGGGAGCGUCCAAUCUGACGUCACUAAUUACGGGUGUAAAAUAGAAAGACUAUCAAACGACGAGCAAACUCUGCUUUGAAUAAAUGAAAUGGAGCAUAAUGCACAAUUUAUAUAUAUAUAUAUAUAUAUAUUUUGAAAUUUUAU